CAAUCGCCGCCGUCCUACAUAGCCGCCGCUAUCCCAAUAAGCUUCAGAAUAUUAAUUUCAAAAAAUCGAUGCGGAUGUGAAUUUCAGAAUAUUAAUUUCACGAUUAAUAGUACUUAAAUUUGAUUAUCCAUCCUUGCAAAACUUUUGAGGCAUGAAGGUGCGUUCGUCUGUGAAGAAAAUGUGCUCAUUUUGCCGCACAAUAAGGCGAAAUGGGGUAAUAUAUGUUAUAUGCUCAGCUAAUCCCAAGCACAAGCAACGUCAAGGCUUUAUCAUGUCUGCAUUCGGGCAUUCAGCCACCAUGUCGAUGGCGAUAAGUCGUCCCAAACAAGAGAAGCCCGGAGCCGGCUUUGGUGUCAUCAAUGCUUUGCCUCAUUCUCUUCCUCUUGCAUCCAGAAAUGUGGGAAAUACGGAUGAGGUAUCUGUGAUUCCCUUGUGGAAAAGGGGUAUAAUGGUCUCUUCAAUGGUUGCGGACGGUAAGCAUUUUGUGCUGAAAUCAUUUUAAUCUCUGUCUGCUUUGCGUUUGGGCAUUGCGGUGUUACAUAUAGUACAUUAUGUAACAUAUUGAUUGAGAGCAGUAGCCACAAAAGGUGGAAGUGGGAUUGUUGUAUUGUUUAAUUGUUUAUUAUUUAGGUUGGAAUUAUAACACUUAAUAUUACUCACUUUUUCAAGCAUCUUUUUCAAGAGUAUUUUGUUGGGGGAAUAUUUUUCUUAGAAAAUUAAUUUCUAUGGAAGAAUGAAUUUCAUGAAAAAUA